GUAAAUUCAUCGAGAGUGAAGUUAAACGGCAUCUCCACACGAUCAUCCACGGCACGGACUGACCACCAGUGAGUUUGAGGUUUGAGCAGGGACUGGAGUCUGGCGCGCAGCGGAAAACCCCGCCCACAGCAACCGAGGCGCGCUACUCCAGCUGUGUAGAGCGCUGUGGAGAAAUCAUGGACAGCUACGAGGAUUUCUGCGCGCGCAUUCUGUGUGAGCUGCUGGCGGAAAUGAUGCGAGAGAAGAGCUGCAGUACCGCACCUGCUCGAGGGGUGGCGCACUCGCUCGUCUGCUUUCAUGGCAGGCCGCUUUUGUCUCCAGUUCUAAGUGAGAAACAAAGAAGGGAGAUGGCUGAAUACAGGAAAAGAGCUUCACAAAUGGACGCAGAGAGACAGAUUCAUCACAACAAAAACCUCCUCAGUCAGAUUCAGACCAUUCUUUGGACCGAUAAGCCUCCAAAAAUAUUGGACAUGCCGAAGUUUUCAGAGCAGUGCCUGACUCCAUCUCCAAAAACAGACUCCAGGAAUGGUUUUGCAGCACUAGAUAAUGCAAAUCUUACACCUACUGGGGCCACAGAGCCGUACAUCUUCUCUAGUCAGCAACCAGUGACCCCUUCAGCUGUUCAGAGAGAGAAAUCUGCAGAAGAAAAACAAAUGCAAGAGCAAUCUGAAGCAGAGGGAGUUUGUCUGCAGAACCUGCUGAAGAAAUCACGUGAAUUCAUCAAAAAAGAGCAAGGUAAACAGGGGUCAAAGGUCAACAAAACGGUUGAUCCACGCCCGUCGGAUGAAGAACACAGCUGUUCUUUGGAUGGGACUGCAUCUGGUUUACCCUUUUAUAUUUCCUCAGCAAACCAAACCUCUCCCAGUAACCUGACAGGCCCAGAACCUGCUCUAAAUGCCAGACCCCACCGCGGACGUCCUCGUCCCAUUUCUGCUGGCAGUGUCUUCUUUUCUUUCCCUGAAAACCCCAAUCAACUGAAAAUUACAGCACAUGCAAGGCCACAGGAAGGAAAGACAAUCGCGACGCAGGAAAGCAAGCUACUCGGAGUGGAAAAUGUGAGUAUGGGUCGAUAUGAUGAUCACCCCGGGUUGAACGAGACCGUGGGACGAUUAGAAACAUCUCCAGUGGGUCCUGAACUCACAAGCCCUCCGUUUCGAAGGAGAUGCCACACACUGGAUAGCCAUCUGUCCUCAAACCAUCAGAGGCCCGUCAUAGACCGGAGCCAGGAGAGAAUGCCUCGGUUUAUGGCCGGGGUCACUGCGAGAACGCCCACUCGACUGUCUCCUCCUUCACCCAUGAACAAGACUUUCACACGGGACAGUCCCACAGCAGCAUUCAUGGGGUCCGGAACCACCCCAGACUCUCCUUUUGAGACCCAAAGAAACAGUGUUAUUAGCACAGCACUGAAAGAGUGGAGAACAGAUGAGAUGCAAUGGCAAGUCCACACUCUAGAAGAGAUUCAGAGGUCUCUGGAGGAUGAUUAUGAUUUCCGGAUGUCGUGUCUGAUGGCAGAGCAAGAGAGAGAACAACUGCACCUGAGUCAGGAGUCGGAGGAGUGGGUCAGGAGACUGAGGGGUCAGGGUGGUCUUAGUCCUGUAGCGGGCGAGGACGGGUGUGAAUUCAGGGUAACUGGUGAACGUUACACUAUACUGAGCCCCAUGUGCCCUUUAAGCCCAGGAGACAGAUCACCAAGACACCCCGUGCCAACCACUGGUUUCCCUUCAACCAGUUUAGAUGUGGAAUCACCACCAACACAGACUCCCAUUUACAUGAGAGGCCUGAAUCACAGCACAGCAAACAGAAACAGGCCGAGUCAGGUUGUGACAGUGGAGCAGCAGAGGGCACUGUGUCACCUCACUGCUCUUGUGAAGGGCUUCCUCAUCAGACGACUGCUGAAAACUGAGAAAGUCAAACACCUGCGGCAAACCAUUCAAGACACGCAAGAGUUUAUUCGUUCAUUCAUCCCUGAAGCUCCUCAGAGGAACGACUCUCUGUCAGAGCAGGAUCUGUCUCUGCAAGAGCGCGUCAGAGCUCAGUUACGUGCGGCCUUGUUUGACAUCCAUGACAUCUUCUUCUCAUGUUCUCCAGAGGAGCGUCUGUCUCUACUGCAGCAAGACCGAGAGCUGCGCACCGAGAGAAAGCUCCGGGAGAUGGAAAAAGCAAAAAGCCCCAAGGACAAGAUGAUUUUAUCUGCUGCUACUCAGAAAUCUCUUGAUAGAAAGAAAAGAGUUGGUGAAUCUCCAGGUCAGACCAGAAGAGCUCAGAAAACCAAGAGUCCUCCUACAAAAAGGCCAGCAGCUCCUGCGCCGCGGGUCAGUUCUUCACAUUCUGCUGCCUUUGAGCAUGUGAUCUCCUGCCAUUUCUUUUUCUUUUAUGCUGUUGUUGAUGGAAUUUGAAAUUCAAUUCAGUCUGUGUUGGACGCUUGCAAUGCUGAAAAUGCCACAAAGCCUGCCUGAAGAGUCACCUGACAUUUAAAAUUGGCUGCUUUUAUUUGUAAAUGCAUUUGGCAGUAAACCAUGUUGGUAUUUAGUCAAGUGAAGUCUGACUAAAAUAUCAAUCCCUGUAUUAUAUUGCAGAGAAUCAGUGUGGAAAUGAAAGCUUGUAUGUUCUGUGAAACGCAUUCAACAUUUGCAAAACCUCAAACUAAUACACAGCAUUGCGUUUACAUUGAAUAAUUUAAUUUUAACAUAUAAUAAAAAAACUUUAAAUGCAAUAUUGUAUUAGAAAACAUUCAAGUAAAAAUGUUUUGUGUGUUUCAGGAGUUACAAGAAGACUCCAGAGGAAAGAGUUCAGCAUUCUGAGAGGCUGAAGAAACAGCAUUCACUGGGAUGACCUCAUAAACAGUUAUGAACGGAAUAUGAAAAAUAAUAUUGUGCUAAUUAUCCCUGCCAGCUCAUUGAAUUCUGACUAUUAAAUAUCAUUGGUAUCUAGUUCCUCCCAUUCUAUUCUACUACAUACCACAUAUGAGUAUAGAAUUAGAUAUUAUUUUGUUUCUUCUAGGUUAUAAAACAAAUUAUAAUCCAGAGUUAUACUAAAUUACCCUUGUAGAAAUUAUUACAAAUUCUGUAAAUGUGGGUCUACCUUUCCAAAUAAUAGAAGUUUGCACUGAUAAAGAGAAAAGUUAAUGUUGUUUUAAUGCUAAAAAAUUAAUAUGAAAAUGUCAGUAAUGUUGACAGAAUGUGAAAUAAUAGAAUAAUACAUGUCUGUGAAGGGUACAGGCAUUUCUCCAGAAGUUAAUAGAUUGUAUUUGAUCAACUAACACUUGAAUGUGUAUGUAUGUGUGUGUUUUUCAGAAUACUUUAUUAUUUAUAACUACAAUCAUAUCAGUUGUCUAUGAAUCUAUUUGCUCUUGCCUUGUAUACUUAAGAAGCACUUUAUGCAUUUGUGGUAAGAAAUGUUUAAA